AUGGCCUCUCCUGUCGCCGUCAUCGCCAACCCGGCGGAUCCCAACGACCAUUUGCUGUUCUACAUUAACGGCACUACCCAGCAAUUGGCCAUGGAGGUCCGUCCGGUCAACACGUCUACCUUUACGCCAUUUGUGAACAACGGUCCUGCAACGGGCUCCAUCCAGGUCAAUCCACUUGCCGUAGUCUUGAAGAAGAAUGUGCCGACCGUCUACGGCACCUCGAAGCCGCAGGGCCGGUCGGGACCUACCUACGUUUCCAUACUUUCACCCUACUACAAUCCCAUCAGCGCUGACCCGGGCGCACAAACCACAACACCAGGCCUUGCGGCGUGUUCCGAUGACGAUGCCAACGACUGGGUCUACUAUCUCCGGCAGCCCGACGGCCAAGUUACCUACCAGAUCACCGAGUUCCUCGUCGACGGGGUCAACACCACGCCCUCCACCCCGUGGAAGGGAACUUCGGCCAGCACCAACAGCAACCUGGCUGUCGUCUUCUUCAAGGCCACGCAGGAGCGGUUCGUCAUAUACGCCAACACGGACGACGACGUGUUCCUCUACUGGGUCAACUCGGGCACCAGGAUCGGCAACCCGAUCCCGACCACAUCCAACGUCCGGAGCGGCAGUCCGCUGGCCGUCGCGUCGGUCGAGGGAAGCGACAGCACCGGGCCGUAUCUCAACAUCUAUCUGUACUACAUGGACGCAAACAGGGAACUCUGCCGCAUCGCCGGGCGCGCCAGGGACUCGCAGAUCACCUGGUUCCAGAGCAACCAGGUGCAGGGCGCCUCCAGAAUGAAGGCUACGACGGAUAUCUCGGCCACCAACACGGAGUCGACCAACUACAUCUACUACAUCACAGAUGGCGGCUCCACGUUUGCGCGGUUCAAGGACACCAUCAGUCCGGGCUGGUUCCAUACGCCCCCCAAGGAGGAGGCAACACGUCUCGACGAGCGUCCGGCGCCAAAGAGCGAGUACUAA